ACAAUGGCAACCCCAACUACACCAACAACAACUCCAGCACCUCAACCUACUCCAGCUGCCAAUUUGACUAUAGGAAACUAUAAUCUGUUGGUCAACAAGAAGGUCUGCCUGAUGGCUCAGAUGGAGCUCCAAAUCAGGCUGGAAACACCAAAGGCCAAUGGAACCUUCAUUGUUCAACCAUCGCAGACUAAGCCAAGUGGCGAAUGCUUGGAAACCAAAGCCAACCUGACGCUUUCGUUCUCACAGGGUUUCAUCACCUUAAUCUUCCAAAAGAUUGAUACUGAAGACACCGCCUAUGCUGAGUCUGUUUCUCUCAGUCUGACCUACCCCUUCUCAAAGACAGGACCCAGUCAUUACGUUGCCAAAAACAGUUCGCUGAAUCUGUUCGCUGCAAGGAUCGGAUACUGCUACUCCAGCAAGAAGGAAACUCUCUACAUGGGACAGGGGCUGUACCUGGAUUUCUCACAGCACAGAAUGCAGGCCUUCAACAUCUCCAACGGAGAAUUUGGCGAUC